AUGUCCGUGAUAAGCUAUCGUUCAUCUCGACUUUACACCGGGGCGCCGUAUUCUGCAAUCGAUCCUCAGAAGCCAACAAGCUCAGCUACCGGGAGAGCGACUGUGAUUACUGGUGGUGCCACCGGUAUUGGUCUCGCCAUGGCUCGGAAUUUCGCCAUCGCUGGAGCAUCGACUAUUGUGCUUCUUGCUCGUCGUGAGGAGACACUUCAAAGAGCGUUUUCAGAGCUCUCUGCUACAUUUCCGAACAUCCAGUUCCUCGUGUAUGCAGUUAGCAUCACAGACGAAACCGGAAUUCAGAAAGUAUUCUCCUCUGUCCGACAGGACGCGCGAAACAAAGACAUCGAUGUGCUCGUAACAUCCGCCGCCCUUGCAAAGGCCGACAAACCACUUUCCAAAACUCCGUCCUUGGAAGUAAAGGCAAUUUUUGAAACAAACGUGUUCGGCAACUUGAACGUCGGAAGGCAAGGCCCAUACGGCGCUAGCAAAGAUGCCUUCUCAUUUUUGAUGCAUCACGUGCAAAUUAAGCACCCAGAACUACACGUCUAUACCUUACAUCCUGGCGCCGUCUGCACACAGGCAGGUGCAGCAGCGGGAAUGACUGAAGAUAUGUUUGAUUGGAAUGAGGAAGACCUGCCAGGUCAGUUUGUUGUCUGGUUGGCUGGCCAAGAGGCAGAUUUCUUGAAGGGAAAGUUCUUGGCAAGCCACUGGGAUGUAACCGAGUUGAUGGCUAAAAAGGAGGCGCUUGCGUUGGAUGCGGAUCUAAGCACCAUUGGGUUGAGACGCUGA